UUUUGGUGUUGGAAAUUAUUGUAAAAUUGAUGGAAGAAUGAAUGGAGAACUAUAUCGACAGAUAUUGGGAGAUGAGUUUCUGGGAACUCUCAGCACAUAUAAUUUAAUUAAUGAGAUAUUCCCGUUUAAUAAUUUUAAAUCAAGUGGUGCAAUAAUUAUGGAAGUCACUCAUUAUCAACCAACUUCAUCAGUUCAAGCUGGAUCAACAACUCAAGGUGCAAACGAUAAUCAAAGUGAACUAAGUAUACUAGAAGAUUAA